UUUACAUUGAACGUAGCAAAAGAAGAUGGCUGCGCCGUUUAGAAGGAUGGCGAGUCGGCCGCUGUUACAGUUUCUGUCUUGUUUUAGCAGGACAGCGACUGGGAACACGGGGUUUCGCCAGUUUUCCAGUACUUCUCUUUGUCGGGCGACUUUGCCGACCGACCGUGUGACAGAAAGAGCGAGUUCUCCGUGGACUUUGAUGGCGGCGGUCUGUCUGCAGAGGUUGCCGGUCAUUUCAGCGGACGACAGCCCCAUAGAGCAGCAGUUCAGACAGUUGAUGCAGCAGAUGGAGCUGGAGAAAAGCCUGCUGUCGGACCACGAGAUCAGACUGCUUGAAGAUGCUGAGAGGUUGAGUCGUAAGCAGUCAAACAGCUAUGACUCCGAUGAAGAGGAAGACAGCAGGAACCAGGAUAUCGUGUUGACACAGGACCUGGAAGACUCAUGGGAGCAGAAGCUGAAGAGCUUCGAGCCAGCACAGCGGGUCAGAGCUGAUGUAGAUAAGGACUUGACUUCAGUGGAGCGUUGCCUGGCCGACUCGCUGGUUCUUCUGGCCGAGCAGCAGGUCGGCAGCGAGAAGCUGUGGCUGCUGCCUCAUAUUCAGUGGCAAGAGGGAGAGACCCUGCGACAGACGGCUGAGAGAGCCCUCGCCUCCCUGCCAGCAGCUGGUUUCAAGGCGACUUUCCUUAGCAACGCCCCCUGCGGAGUGUACAAGUACAAAUUGCCCAAAGCUGCUCGGACAGAGAGCUCUGUGGGAACAAAGGUGUUCUUCUUCAAAGCCAUUCUGUCAGACAGCGGUCCCCCUGCAGCCCCAGACUCUUCUUUUGUGUGGCUGAAGAAAAGUGAACUGCAGCAAUACCUGAAACCAGCGUACAUGACCAAGGUGGGCCGCUUCAUUCUCGACCUGUGAAGCCUAAACUUACACCAGGGACGCUGACGUACAGAACCAUAUUUAUGAGGCUCAGAAAGUUAUCUUCAUCACUUAUCUGUUGUCUUGUAUCAUAGAACGUUCUUCCAGUUAAUAUGACUAUGUGUGUUUCAUUGUAUAAAUAAACUGUUUUUCCACACA